AUGGAAGAACUCGACGUUGACUACCUGGAAGUCACGGGGCCUUGCGUGGUGCUGCCCUACAUGAACAAGGGAACUUUUAACCUCGGAACUACUGUUCGGAACCACGGCAACAUGCUACUCGUAGCCCAAGGACCUGGAUACGUGUACGUAGAGAAGGACUUUAAGAAUCCAAUCAUCGUCCAACUAAGUCUUCACUUUGGGAUAACGAUGGAACCAAGUGACGAUGAUCGCGGGUUGCUGAAAUGGAUGCGUCGACGGCUGUGCGGCUGGGACCUGGCUUCAGCCCUCAUCGCGGCUGGUGUCCGCUCUGUGACCUACGUCGACUACGCGAUGAAGGGUAAACUGAAACAAGAAUUGUCGUGGAUGUAG